AUAAAAAUUUUAUUUUGUCAACGUCUUUAAUCGGUUAAGAGAGAAAUAAUAAUCAAGAAAAAGCUGAAGGGGAGAAAAAUUGAAGUAUAGUGGCGACCUUAUUGCAGAAGGAGAGGAUCGAAACAGUCUUCUCCAAUCGUUCUUGACGUCUAUUUUACCGGGUCUUGGAGGGGUUUUAAGCCAGAGUAAUCUCGACGAAGAAGAAAUUUCGGAUAUGGCUUCCAGAGUCGCUGUUCAUCAGGGUCCCAAUCCCAAAGCCAAUUUAGGUGCAGGAAAGCAGAAGAUUGUGCAAGCAGAUGGAAAGAAUCGCCGAGCUCUUAGAGAUAUUGGAAACCUCGUACCAGUUCCUGCUGCAGGUGGGAAAACCCGGAUAAGUCGACCCGCGACAAGGGAUGGGAAGGUACUGGUCAAUGGUGGAAAACCUGCAGACAAGCACAACAAGAAAGCAAUUGCUGACGGAGCACCUGGAAAUGUUAGGAAGGAUGCUGUUAAGGUGAAACCUGAUGAAGUAACUGUAAUUAACUCUGAUAAGGAACAAGUUGACUGCAGAGAGGAAUUUCUGAGGAAUGGAAUUAACAGGGCUGGUGGAAAGAGUGGAAGAACCUACACUUCUACCCUACUAGCUAGAAGCAAGGUUGCAUGUGGGAUGGCAAACAAACCUAAUGAUUCAAUAGUGGACAUUGAUGCGGAAGAUGUCAAUAAUGAACUGGCUGUUGUUGAGUAUGUGGAGGAUAUGUACAAUUUCUACAAGGAAAUUGAGGAAUGUGGCCUUGUUAAAGACUACAUGGGUUUACAGCCUGACAUCAAUGCCAGAAUGAGGGCUAUUCUUGUGGACUGGUUGAUAGAAGUUCAUCGGAAGUUUGAACUGAUGCCCGAAACUCUAUAUCUAACUGUCAACAUAAUGGAUCGAUUCCUUGCAAUGAAGACUACUCCAAGAACAGAACUUCAGUUAGUUGGCUUGGCCUCUAUGCUGUUGGCUUGCAAAUAUGAAGAAAUUUGGGCACCAGAGGCUAAUGAUUUCAUAGCUAUAUCUCACAAUGCUUAUGUGAGGAACCAAUUGCUAGCCAUGGAGAAAUCAAUUCUGCGUAAACUAAGGUGGAAUUUGACAAUUCCAACGCCGUAUGUCUUUCUGGUUCGAUACACAAAGGCUUCUUUACCAUAUGAUUCGCAGGUCGAGAACAUGGUGUUUUUCUUGGCUGAGCUUGGUUUGGGGAACUAUUCGACCGCCAUACUUUAUCGCCCUUCGAUGUUAGCAGCCUCCACAGUUUACGCAGCUCGUUGCACUCUCAACAAGACUCCAUUAUGGACAGAAACACUGAAGCACCAGACUAGAUAUUCUGAAGACCAGUUAAUUGACUGUGCUAAGCUCUUGGUGAGCUUCCACUCUGAGUGUGGUGCUGCAGGAAACAAACUCAAGGCAGCUUACACUAAAUAUUCAAGUCCAGACAGAGGAGCUGUUGCACUGUUUCCACCUGCAAAAUGUCUUCUUUCAGUAAAGGCUUCCUCAUCUUGAAUCAACUCCUCUAUGAGUUAUGAUCAUAAACCUUAGUGUCAUAUCAGCGCUGAUAACACGAAAUCCAGCACUAUGUUAUCUUGGUUACUUACUACAAACUAGCCUAUAUAUAUGUAUAUAUCUUAGUUUGAUUUGCUGAUUGAAUUGAUACAUCUGUGUGUAAAUAUAACACAUUUAGGUACAUGUAGUUAGUACUACAAGGCCUCCUACUGUGUAAUUUGUUUGAUUUUCGAGGUCGGGAUGAUAUCAUACUGCGUAAAAAGUUGACACAAUUCGUUAAUUGAGAUUCGUUUCUCAUGUAUAAAUGACGAUAUGCGGCUGAG